AUGUCUGGAACCAGCUCCUACACUCUCAAUUCCGGCGUCACCAUCCCCAAAGUCGGCCUCGGGGUCUAUGACAUUCCUAUUGAAGCUACUGAAGAUGUUGUUUACGAAGCCCUCAAGGCAGGAUACCGCCAUGUUGACUCUGCGGCUACCUAUGAUAACGAGGAACAGGCUGCGAAUGGAAUUGCCAGGUGGCUGGCCGAAAAUCCAACCCAUAAAAGAAGCGAGAUCUUCUACACCACCAAGGUUUUUGACGACCACCACGGCUACCAGCUGACCAGGCAAAGUGUCGAGGAAUCGCUGGCAAAGGCCGCCAGGAUCGGCUACAUUGACCUCGUUCUCGUCCACUCGCCAAGAUCGGACUACAACAUGCGCCACGGCACCUGGAAUGCGCUUCAGGAGUUUGCGGCCAGCGGAAAAGUCAAGAAUAUUGGUGUUUCCAAUUACGGCAUUAAGCACCUCAGAGAGCUUCUGGCCUACCCAGACCUCAAGAUCAAGCCCGCUGUCAACCAAAUUGAGCUCCAUCCUUGGCUUCUACGCCCGCGACUGGUCAAUUUCUGCAAGAAGAACAAUAUUGUUGUCGAGGCUUACUCUCCUUUGGCCAGGGGAUACAAAUUUGACGACCCCGACCUGCUGGCCGUUGCUCGGAGACACAAGAAAACUCCGACCCAGAUUUUAAUUGCGUGGUCCCUGCAAAAAGGUUAUGUCGUUUUGCCAAAGACAGCAAAGAUUUCUAGACUGAAGCCCAAUCUUGAUGUCUUCGACAUCAAACUAUCUACGGACGACCUUAAACAGCUCGAAAAACCUGGCGAGCACUUCAAUACAGGCUGGGAUCCUACGGUGUAUCCGCUAGACAACGAGAAAUAG